CCGUCACUCACUUGAUCCAACGUCUCGCUAGCUUUGAUCCUUUUCUUUUCUUUUCUUUUCUUUUUUUUUUUUUAAAUAACAAUUUAAUUGUGGUGAUAGAUACUUUUUUAAAUGCGUGUAUUUUAACCAUUUGAACAUUUUUGUUUUAUUUAUAACAACGUGCCGGAUUUUUUGUUAGCAUUUUAGCAUCUAAUUACCAGCUAAGAGCUGCAUUAUAGUGGUCAUCACCUGCUUUUGUGUGUUAUUUAUUUGUUUAUGUGCUCAAGCUAGUAAUUUAUGUUUGUCCACUUAACUGUGAAUUUUAUUUUUUCUCCCGUUAACAAAUGCAGCUACUUCUUAAUAUAAAAUGUGACCUGUGACCGCACAUUGUCGCUGUUUGACAGCUAACUCUGUGUCUCGUCGCUCAUUUCAGAGUAUGUGGGUCUUCUCUCUGAGGCUGUGGGACCGUCAUUUUGUUCUGAAUUUGUUUCCUCUGCGGACUUUGGAUAACACAUCACAUCUUCUGAGUGCUUCAGUGAAUGAAACGUGUGCCUGUAGUGGUGAUAGCGGCUUCUUGAAGGAGGUGUGUGUUCAUGCGUGUGUGCAUCGAUCAGGUGCAUCAGCAUGUUGCCACCUGUGAAGAAGGACCGGGUUAUUACUCAGCUCCCAAAGUGUUUUAGUGCAAAUGCAGCUCUGCACACCAAAGAAGGCUUCCACCCGCACGUGAAGGCUGCAUGCCAGGUCCAGAAAGCAGACACAGUGAGCUUUAAUGUUGCUAAGGUCAUCGUCGUGGGUGAUGUUGCAGUUGGCAAAACGUGUCUGAUCAGCAGGUUCUGUAAGGGUGCGUUUGAGAAGAACUACAAAGCGACUAUAGGGGUGGAUUUUGAGAUGGAGCGCUUUGAGGUGCUUGGUGUUCCCUUCAGUUUACAGCUGUGGGAUACAGCAGGUCAGGAGCGCUUCAAGUGUAUUGCUUCCACCUAUUACAGAGGAGCACAAGCCAUUAUUGUGGUGUUUGACUUAAGCAGUGUGGGCUCACUGGCUCAUGCCAGGCAGUGGCUGGAAGAUGCUAUGAAGGAAAAUGACCCGUCCAGUGUCUUAUUGUUCCUUGUCGGUACCAAGAAGGACCUCAGUUCUCCUGACCUGUUGGCUCAGAUUGAGCAGGAAGCCAUGAGGCUCUCUGAGGAAAUCAAAGCAGAGUACUGGGCCGUGUCUGCAAAGUCAGGAGAUGGUGUGAAGGACUUCUUCUUCCGUGUGGCUUCUUUGACUUUUGAGGCCAAUGUUUUAUCUGAGCUGGAGAGGAGCGGGUCGAGGCAUGUUGGUGACAUAAUCAGGAUCACAGACAGCACAGAGACCAGCCAUAAACCAAAGAAGAAGCCCAACUGCUGCUGAGAUUGGAUGAAUAUCUGCUGGAAAUUUUCUGAAGCAAAACUAAAUGGGAUGUGCAACAGGAAAAUUAAGAUAAAAUGCAGACUGUACGGCUCGCUGUGAAUAUCAUGAGUAGAACCCAUGAAAGAAAGGUCACCAUGCUGAUAAUGACCUGAGAAGGAUUCAGCAAUAGGUCAAGAUGUAAAUUCUAAGUGGUUCCUGUAAACAGGCCUGUCAGCUGACUGAUCUAAGCAGUGUAAUCUCAGGAAUGUUUACAGCUGACUGCGGCGACAACAAACAGGCCAUUGUGAUGUCCCUGAUUAUGUAAACGUUUAUGAGAAGAGGAAGAUUAUUCUCCACUACAACCACCAUUAAAUUGCACUUUGUUGAUGCCUUUAACACA